UUUGUCCACACUUUCUGCUGUCAUUAAGAUACCUGACGUUCCAGCACCAAUUUCCUGAAGCUCAAGUUGUUAUUUCGAUAUGUCGGCCGUAGACCAGCUCAAGCAGCAGAAUGCUGCACUGCAAUCAAGUAUUGGAAACAUCUCCAAAGUCGCUGGAUCGACUGCAACGAAACCAGCCUCUACGACACCAGCGAAGACGGCAACAUCGACUGCUAAAGCUACCCCUGUGAAGAAGCCCGUUGCGACGGCGACGGAUACCGCAGGAUCAGCUGCUGCACCAGCGAAGAGAGUACCGAGGAAGCUCAACGCAGCGGGCGCAUCGGCUUCAACACCAGCAAAGAGCACGCCUGUGAAAGCGACUCCAGCUGCAACCUCAACGCCAGUAAAGAAGCCGGUAACCGCUGCAUCAGCGACGAAGCCCGCCUCUACCACCACGCCUGUAAAGAAGACGCCCGUCACCGCAGGCAAAACACCAGUCAGUGAAGCAUCCAAGCCCGCCCGCCAACGUACCCCCCUCGGCACCACGAAGCCCCUGCCCAUACGCAAGAACCCCACAACAGGUGCCGCACAAUCACAGCCCGCCAGCGCAGUCAGCAAGGCGCCCGUGAAGAAGACCACCGCCGCAGCAUCUUCUCCCGUAGCAAAGACCACUCCGGCAGCGAAAGCUACACCCGUCAAGCGUACAACCACCAAGGUAAACCCCGACGGCACAGCGCCCACCAAAGUAAACAUCGACGGCCAACCCACUCCUCAGUCAACUAUCGCUACCGCGAAGAAACAGCCGGGCAUCGUAGGCAAAAGCGUGAACACCGCUACGGGCACUCUGAACAAAACUGUUGGGACGACGACGGGGGGUCUUAACACCGUUACCGAUUCUGCUACUACGGGGCUUAACAGCACGGUCAAUGGCGUGACGGGGUACGCGGGCAAAGGGCUCGAUAAGCUUCCAGGAGGAGUAGGAAAGCCGGUCAAGCAUGUAACUGAUAAUGUUGGUAAGACGGCGACGGGCGCGGUGGAUAACGCGUAUUACACUGUUGGGUCUGCGACGAAGGGACUGCAGGGCACAGUUAGUAAGACGACAGGGGCGAUUGGACGGGGUGAUGCGAAGGGGACUGUUGCUGGAGCGAGCAGUGGUGUUGGCAACACAGUAACAGGCGUAGGCAAAGGCGUCGGCAACACCGUCGGCGACGGUCUCGCAGGCCUGGGUAACACUGUCGGUGGCCCUGUCGGCGGCGUCGUCGGCAAUGUAGGCAAAGGGGCGAACAACGCUGUUGGCGGCAUCACCAGCGGCGUUGGCGACGGCGUUACUAAGCUCGGGAAGGGUGAUGUGAUUGGCGGUGUGGGCAGUACGCUGGGUGGUGUGGGAAAGGGUGUGGGUGGCUUGCUAGGCGGUAUUACAGGAUAUGGAGAGGAUAAGGAGAAAUGAAGGUGCAAGGUUGAGAGGUGGUUGGAGAGGGUUAUGGAGGAGGAGGAAGUGGAGUUGGAUGAGGGUGUGCAGGGAGAGGAUAAUGAGGUCAAGAAAGAAGACGCUGGAGAGGGUGGUGGUGGUGUGCGAGAAGGGGGGGAAGAAGAAGAAGACGUCGGUGCCGUUGUCGUUGAGGAGGGGUUGAAAGCGGACUCGGUGCAUGGCGGAGAGGAAGGUAAGGAAACCUGACAUUGUCGCAUGUACUUCUACCUAGGUAUGCAAAUUGUUGUCGUUACUACUAUUAGCUUGCCAACAUCUCCACACCCAUCCAUUCAACCCUACGUGAUCCUCGAAACCAGAGGCAGGUAGGCGGGUUAGCAUAUGACCAACAUCCCCCCUUACAACCUCAUGACCACUCAAUA